UUACCCUUUGGAUCCAUGAGUUCAAUUCUUAAAGUGAUAAAUUCAAGAAAGGUACAUGUUGGUAAAUCCACUCCACGUGUCGCAAACAUGGCCUUGAAAGUUAGCAGCUUUAGAAUACUCACCCCAAAGUCUCAUGUUUUCUCAAAAACAAAAACAGGACAACAAAAUAUGGUGGCAGCCAUUACAGUUUCUUCCCCAAAAUCUUCAAUAUUACAGAACCCAAUUUCCUUAAAAGAAUCUGGCUUUCUUGGUGGUUCCUUGAAGGGUUUUUCUUUACCAUUAAAACCCAGAAGUAAAACUAGAGAUAGUCUGAAUUUGGUGGUUGCUGCAUCAAACAGUAACUCAACUACAACUGACAGUGACAGCAGCUCUGCUGGCAGGUUUUAUCUCAAUUUUACAGGAUUUCCAUUCCCUCUUGGUCCUUUCCUCAAUAGACGCACUAUAAGAACUGAGGCUGUGAAAGGCAGUAUAUGGCUAUUCGAACAGGAGCAAGCAUUAGGCUUCAGCAGUGUCUCUACAAACACUCGGAUGACAGUAAUCAAACUCAAAUCUGGAGGAUUAUGGGUUCAUGCGCCUAUUGCUCCGACCAAGGAGUGUAUUCAGCUAGUGAAGGAGUUGGGCGCUCCAGUAGAGUACAUUGUCCUGCCUACAUUUGCUUAUGAGCAUAAAAUUUUUGUUGGACCAUUUUCAAGAAAAUUUCCAAAGGCACAAAUAUGGGUGGCACCAAGGCAAUGGAGUUGGCCAUUGAAUUUGCCACUCGAAUUUUUUGGGAUAUUUCGGUCCAAAACCUUGAAAGAUGAGGAUUUGUUAACCCCGUGGGCUGAUGAGAUUGAACAAAAAGUUUUAAGCUCUCCAGAAGUUGGAAUUGGACCGUACGUAGAGGUAGCAUUUUAUCAUAAGCGUUCAAGAACAAUGCUGGUAACAGAUGCUGUUAUUUUUGUCUCAAGAAAGCCACCUGAUUGUAUCAGCAAGGAAUCCUUGUUAGCAUCAGCGAAGAAUGGUUUGGCUGUAAAGCUAUUGAGUAAAGGAAAAGAAGUCUCUGAGGAACCAGUUGUUGACAACCCGAUGAACCUUCAGAAAGGAUGGGAAAGAAUGGUUCUGCAGAUCUUGUUUCUUGGCCCAUCUAAUCUGUUAGAACCUAAAGCUAGUUUUGCUCAAAUGUCACAAAAGUUGAUUGUUUCCCCUAUUGUAAAGACACUAGUCUUCAGCAAAGUUCCUGAAAAGGUCCGGGAUUGGAUCGAUAGAAUUACACAGGACUGGAGAUUCAAGAGAAUCAUCCCUGCUCAUUUUGCUGCUCCAAUAAAUGCAGGAAGAUCAGAUUUCUUAGCAGCAUUUGCUUUCCUAGAUGACCUGCUGGCUGACAAAUACGUAACCCAGCCGUCGCUGUCGCUUCUAUUCACAACACUUAUGGGAAAGGCUGCUAGUUACUUCCCACCAGAUGAUAUGAAGACAUUAUCAUCUCUUGAUCAGUUUUUAGUCUCGGUUGGAGCUGUAAAGAAGACUGUCUCGGGACGGAAAAAAAGAAGCAUCAGUUUUUAAUGAUUUUAGCAGCAAAAGAAGUUGCAGAGUACCUCAAUUUUACACACAUGUAUAGUAUGUUGUUAUUGAUGGAUCUUCAUUGUAUGGAUGUUCAAAUUUAGGACAAGUUUACAGUAGAAGUGGUCGAUGCUUCAAAUGUUAUUGAGACUCGUAAGGUCAAAAGUAAAAGGAAAGAUUAUUGA